CCGGAAGCACAGCCGACCCCUCCCUUCGCUGCAAAUUGGUGGGAUGUAAUCCAGGGGAAAAAUACCUCCGAGGUAGUCGUAUUUCUUUUUAAGACAAGGGCAGACGGUGUUUAACCUGUUGUCAUGGAGGGAAAUGUAGUAGUUCGAAAGGGUGGCCUGCCAUUGACUGAAUUUUGCCUCUUUGAAGGGGGGGUUAAGGACCAUGAUUUGCUGUGUUCUUCCAAAAGGCAAGACAGACGCCUGGGACUGGCCUGAACGGAUUUUCCUUUACCGGCCGUACAUUUUAGUACGAAGACUCAGUCCCGCAUAGUACGGACUGCUUCACCAAUAGCCCAUGGAGUGCAAUAUAGUCAUUUUUGGUUCGUGUCCAGCGGUACUUUUCUCGUCGAAUAUUCUUCGUGCCCCGUCGAUCGCUUCAACAAAGAGAUCCCUUAACCACAACAUAAUCUGCCAUCCAUUCCCCACGAUAGACACGCCCCGAGAGAUGGGAUUUCAUUGCUGCCCUUGAUUCAAUCUGUUAAAGCUUCAUUCAACCCACAUCCUCGUGAGCAUUCCAGGAACGGGACUACAAUGACGAGCCCUGACUCGGAAACGGAAGCGUUGGACGACGUGUACCUCGAGACCGUAACCAUCCAAGGUCGCGUAUUUCAAAAGUUCUCGAUCGACCACCAGAUAUUUUUUGAGCCGGUGGACGGAGAAGAGGCAGAACGACUCGAGCUCCAGCACCAGGUUUUCGACAAGGUUUUCGACAACAGGCUAAUUUUUCCGCCGAUCCCGCGGCCUCAAAAGAUCCUCGACUGUGGCUAUGGCACUGGAUCGUGGGCCAUCGGGGCUGCGGAACAGCACCCCAAAUGCAAGGUCAUCGGCCUCGAUAUAUACCCCUAUAUGAGCCCAGACGACAUACCGGAGAAUUUAUGCCUACAAGUCGAUGAUCUGAACCGUCCAUUCACAUUCCCCCCGAACAACUUCGACCUUGUCCAUUCAAGGCUGCUUGCAACUGGCAUCAACCGAGACCGCUGGCCCUCCUAUAUCCGAGACAUUAAAAGAGUUUUAAAGUCAGGGGGCUGGGUGCAACUAGUCGAGAUAUACUUCAAUGUCCAGUCAGAUAACGGCUCGAUCACCGAGCAGCAUGCAUUGAGACAAUGGAGCACGCAAUUAAUGGGCUCUUUGGAGGAAGUGAAGGACCUUCGCGUGGGGACAAAGUUGAGAAAUCUUCUGACAGCAGCAGGCCUGACCGAGGUCGAUGCUCGGAUGAUCCCUCUUCCUCUAUCCGCAUGGCCAAAUGACCCAAGGAUGCGAGACAUAGGCGCCGCAAACCGUGAUAAUGUUAAAAAACUGCUUCCCGCGUUGGGGCUUUAUCCAUUUACCCAACGACUGCGGAUGCCCCCACAGCAGUUUGCAGAGCUGAUAGCGCGAGCACAGCAGGAAGCCGAUACCCACAAUUUGAAGGCCUACUUUCCCUUGUAUGUUUGCAUCGGACGAAAGCCCUAGUAAUUAUUGCCGGAGGGAUGGGUGUGAUAUUCAACCCGCGAUCCUCUUCCCACGAUUAGUAGAGAGCUGUUGUAUCUCUAUCAAAGAUGUUUCUGGCUUGACUGCCCAAGGGAACCAUAAUGUUCCAUCAUCAGAUUAGAUAUUUUGACAUUGAACAGAUAGAGCUUGAAAGCAGCUAAAUAUUGG